ACUGCUAUAUGUCGGACCGUAUUGUGCCUCCGUCUAUCGGUGUCCAGCUUUGAGGGUGUAUACCCUAGUAGGGUUCGCUUUCCGGAGACAGAGCGAGCCGCAUACCGAUGGUGCCGACUUUUGCGACGGCCGUUUGCAGCUCUGUAUAAAGUUGAACCCAGUGUCGCUCCCAAUGUCGUUCGGUCAACGACGUCUCGCUCAAAACACCUUCACACGAAUAAUCGCACACCAUGGCCGGUAUUGGAGUCGAGGCAAUCGCGGUCGUGACAGGAUGCUUCCUCUCGGGAGCCAUCAUGAGUGUCUUCCUGAUCACGAUUCCGGUGCUCAUCGCAACGACAAAGGAGCCGGCAAAGUUGGUCAACCAAUGGAGACGUGUGUAUCUCAGCGGUCACGUCAAAGGACCGGCCAUAGCAACCACCACGGGUCUCGUCUACGUCUAUGCAGCCUGGAACAAAUACGCGGCCGGCGAGCCGUGGCGUGUUUUUGCCCUCGCCGGAGCGACGACGGUUUCCAUCGUGCCUUACACCUUGACUUUUAUGCAAGGGAUCAACAAUGCGCUUUUCCGUGCCGAUGCUCUGACUGGCAAGGGAGUUGAGCCCUCGUGGGCCGAUGCUGAGACCUUGGUGCUUCGAUGGGGCCGGCUUAAUGCUAUUCGGGCGUUGAUUCCUCUCGCCGGGGGGAUCAUUGGACUUUUGGGCACUUGCCAGGUGUUGUCAUUUUAG